AUGUGUCUUGCAAAUGAAGUCAUUCCUGAGCAAAGUGGUGCAUUUUUUGCAUGUCAAAAGGAAAGUAAUUGGUCGGAUGAGUCUACUUUCUCUCAAUUUGAAACUGCAAUGUGGGGUAGAAUUUGGCGAAGACGGAUAAAGGAUUUUAUGAAGAUUGUAUCGUCUCGACCGUUAAAACACGACUUCGAAAAUAAAAUGCAACCCCGGACCAUCGAAGAUUCAAGAACUGGAAAAAAUGGUUAUCGAAGAAUGGAAGUUAAUCUCCGAAGAAUUAUAACGUUAGUUCCUAGAAAUCAAGCAGAUAUUUCUGCUAAAGUUGAUCAUACUAAAUAUUAA